CUGAGAUCUAAAAGGCGGAAGGUUUGCUUGCAAUGACUGGCCGAUCCGAUGAGCUGCUGACACACGCUGUACACUAAUGACGUCCUUCCUCGCCAAGAAAAGUAUGGUGCCUGCCCGCUUGUCUGCCUGUCCGCUGACAUUCGGCGACUGACUGUUUGGUGUUAUGUACACUCACGCUUCCUUCCCCUUCAGCUAGCUAGCCACUCAGACAAACACCGGGCAUGCAUCUCACUCAGUCAUCCCAACCAACAUUCAGUCGGCUAGCUUGGUGUACUGGGGAGGCCGCACUAUCCGCCGCACCACCUGAUGGAUGGAUGGAUGGAUGGAGGCAGACAGACAGACAGACAGGCAGGCAGGCGUGGGCCCGUGGUCUACUUAUGUAUUAUGUGUGUGUGCUGACCUGCCAGACGUGUGGGGGGCCCCAUGAUGCAGCCACAAUCACCGCACACUUCCACAGGAAGGUCGACGUCAUGAUGAACUGACACAAGCAGGCACAAGACACACAGGACACACACACACACACAUCCAUUUAUAGGAGUGAGUGGUGUCAGAGAGGACAAAAAGAUCUGUGAGAUGUGCUUACGAAGAUGUCGAAGUAUGUGCGCAGGAUGAACAUGGAGAAGAUGUACACAAUCACCGUCAGGAUCUCGGCCGUUAUCAUCAGCGGAUGCCUGGUUUUAACGAACACACACGCACACACACACACACACACAGAGCAAGACGCUCCCUCGGCUGGUUGUUUGCCGUGCCCCUUUAUCAAUCACCAUUGGCUGACCAUGUGUGCACUUCGGAGGCGACAUUGAGCAGCUCUGAGAGGAUGAGUGCAGUGAAUGUGAUGGCCACGAUGUUCAUGAACUCCUCCUCGAACAGCAAGAUGGCCAAUAUCAUUAUCACCGCACCCUAACGAACACACAAAUAUAUACCCACACACGCACACACACCAACAGUGCCGCUCUGUCUGUGGGCGUCAGUCACACUGGACGGACUGACUGACCUGGUAGAUAGACUUCCAGACCCAUCCGAAGAAGGUCUUGAUGGACAUGACCCGCCCGUUGCGCAGCGUCUGGUACAGCUCGGGGUACAUGAAGAUGACGCUCUCGGGCAGCUCGACGUCCAGCACCAACGCAAACACUGGAGCCAUCGUGUAGAACGUCGAAUAACCCACAGACAGCAUCCCCUGAUUGGCAGGCAAACGACACGAAGCGGGCGGGAGUGAGUGUUUCCCGUCGCUUCUGUCUGCACAGGUGCGAGCUGAGUGUGCGAGGGUGAGGUGAGUGGUCGGUCCCCCACCUGGAAGAUGGGCAGUGCGAUGAAGAAAAAAAUCGCCGAAAACAACACCUAAAUGUGUGAUGGUGGCACACACACCAAGAGCACAGCACGGCAGCAUUGAUUGUGUGGUCGUUCGUGUCGAGCUGUGCAUCUGUGUGUUAGUGCAUGGUUGUGUUGUACCUGUAUGAUGGCGAUGAUGAGCCCCCUGUGGAUGACGAACUGGGCGAGUUUGGCCGACCGCUGGUAGCUGUUGCGCCCGUGCCACAGCAGCAGCCGACGCAGAUAGCAGAACUGGGUGAUGGAAAAAUCAGCCGCCAACGACGCCUGCUUGCCCUCCUUCCCUACUAUACCCACCUAAGUAAGAUGCAUGCCACACACAACACACAACACACACACACAGGUAUUGCCUUCCUCGUUUGGUUGGUGCAGGCUUUGGUGGCUCACUCCACUCCACUCACCCCCACGUCAGCAGCCUGGAUCAUGGACACGUCAUUGCCGCCAUCCCCAAUGGCACACGUCCGCUUGCCCGUGUAUUUCUUGAUGAGCCGCACCACGUCAGCCUUCUGCGUGGGCGAGCAGCGGCAGCACACCACAGCGGGCGCCAGGCAUGCCGUCUCGAUGAAUGCCGCCUCGUGGUGGUGCAGCAGCAUCGCCAGCACCUUGCCGUCCACUAUCAGGACCGUCUCCGUGGGCCCCGUGGCGAACCGCUCGAGCGCCUGGAUGGCCUGCUGCGGCGUGGCCAGCUCGCUGCUCGACAAAGUCAUCAGCGAAUGGAGGCGGCUCUUCAGACCUGACAGACACCACACCACAUCAGUGUGAGGUCAUAAGAGGUGAGGAGUGUGUUGGGGUCACAUACAUACCGGCAGAAAUGGCGAUGCACGUGGCGGUCUCGACUUUGUCUCCUGUGAGCAUCCAAACCCUCACCCCGGCGUGUCGCAGCGACUCGAGUGUCUGCUGCACAUCCUGCUGCAGCUUGUCCUCCACACCAGUAAGCGCCAGGAGGUCCAGGUUGAUCUCCAGCGAGUCCACCACCUGACGCACACGCGCCGCGCGAUCCGUCAUGGCCGACCGGGCCUCCGCAAACCUUAUCAACGGACGAUCCACAUAGCCACACACCCACACACAGACACACAUGAAUUAAGGUAUAUGGUUUGUGCACAGCUGUUUGUGUACCUCUUGUUGAAAUCAUCGAAUUCAGGGGAGGAUAUUUCCCUGUAUGCGAGCACGAGUGUCCUCAGCCCCGUCCUGGCGAAGUUGUCGCACUCCUCUGACAGCCAGCUGGUGCCGCGGUGGGACAGACGGGGAAUCAUCACCGACUCAGCACCCUAGACACACACACAGAGAGAGAGAGUACCUCUCAGGCCGUUUGGGAGAACUCUCUCUCCGUGUAUGUUAUGUGUGUCUCAGACCUACCUUGAUAAAGAAGAGUAUGCGUUGGUCUGGCGAGUCCCGCGCCCUCACGACAAUGCCCAUGCGCUUCGACUCAGAUGUGAAGGGGAAACACGCCAGGAUCUCGUAGCAGUGGCACACACCAUGCGGAUCCUGCACACACACAGAGAAAGAAACCCAGAGAAUGAAUUCGUUGCCCUCUCUCUCUUGCCAUUCUUGACUGACAACUGACUGACAGGAGUGCGUGCGUAGCGUACCCUCAAAGUGAUGGAGUGCUGAUCUCUCUCCACCAGCUUGACCCCCACAAGCGAAGCGAAUUUGACCAGAGCAACCUCGUCCGGGCUGGCGGCCUGGAAGGUGACUUCCCCCGUCUCCUCGUCCGUCACGGGGGUGACGUUGUGGCAGAGCGCCAGGCCGGUGAUGGCGUGCCGCAGUACCUGACGCACCUCCACGUGCCGCUUGCCCGAACCGAAUCCCGAGAGAGAGAGGCCGCCCACUGCUGAUGAUGCUGACGCUGACGCUGAUGAGUGGGCAAGGGAGGUGUUGGAGGGCGAGGAAGGGUCGUCCGUGCUGAAGCUCAUGCGCAGGGCGUGCCUGCAGGACUCACACAGACACAGACACAUACGCACACACACAUGGAUGGGUAUGUGUCUGUGGGUCGCACUGUCGGUCAGUCGGUCUGUCUGCGUGUCUGUCUGUGUUUGGCCCACCCCACUGCCGAGUCGCGCACCUACCUGACUUCAUCGAAAGACUCUUCCCCGAAGGCGGCUCGGCCGAGGUGAAUCUUCUUGAAGACCAUCUCGUUCUGUGUGAGUGUGCCGGUCUUGUCGGAGAGGACGUAGUCCAUCCUGCCCAGCUCCUCUGGGAUGGUGGAAGUGCGCACCACAGUGUCGGGGAUCUUGGGGUCGCGCAUGAUCUGCACCGAGUAGACUGUCUUGGCCAUGUCGAGGUUGACCCGCAUCGAGAUCGGGAUGAUCGACGAGAGCAUCAACAGAAACCUGCGCGGUGGGCACACAGACAGACAGACAGACACACGUCUCUCUGCGUCUGUCUGUGUCUGAGUGCGGGUGUGUGUUGUGUGUUGUGCGUUGUGUACCUGAAGAAGUAGAUUGGCCAGAUGCCUUCGAAGCCCUUGCAGACGGUGAGGAGGAAGCUCAGGGAGAUGAGGAGCACAAACAGGAGCUUGGACAGCAGAUUCACUUCAAGCUCAAACAAACCAGUCUGCACCACGUGGUGCACGCACGCAUCAAAAAGACACACAUGGCGCUUGCGCGUUUCCGCCUUCCUGCUCGGUGCUCGCAUCCCACCUUGGUCACUGAGCUGCUCGCGUUCAUCACAGCUCUGGUCUCCUGCACACAUUGACCCACAUCCACAUCAACACGCACCCUCUCCCUCCCUCCCUCCCUCCCUCGCUCCGUCUGUCCGUCCGUCCGACCUUGCCAGUGUAUAUGCACAGCCCGAGGCACGUGCCUGACGCCACGACAGCGUUGCUCCAGAGGGUGUUAUCGAGGGUGAGGCCCUCCACGUGUGUGUCGGUGCUGGCCAUCGAGUGGACGGCCGUCUGCGCCUCGACGUCCCCGUCCACUGCGUCGGGUGACUCCAGGUUGGGCUCCGAAUACAUCUGGUGGAUCAAUCAAGGCAGGAGAAGGAAGCAACGACAUGUGGCGUUUUGGGAGCGUGGCUGAGGGAUGAGGCGGGCGGGUGGCGGGGCCUACCGAGCCGUCCUCGGCUUCAUGGCUGAUGCGUCGCGGCUGGUGAUGGGCCAUGUUGCGGACAGUGAAACGGCCGAUGAACUCGUAGAUGUCCUUCCUGCAGCAUGGACACACACCACACCCAGCACAGAACAUGAGUGUGGACACACUAGGGCAUCGAUCUCUGUCCCUCCCUCCCUCCCUCCCUCCUCUCUCAACCAGUGCAUUACCUUGGUGCUUCAGCCUGGCACGUGGCGUCGAGCCUGAGAAUAUCAGUCUCGCUGGGAAGAUGCUGAGUUACCACAACAGCACGCCUGACACCCACACAUACACACACCAAGACAAACGAAGCCAGCCAUACAUGCCAUCCAUCCAUCAGCUCGAGAUCAUCUUCUACUACGGCCCGCACCCACCUGAGUUUCCAGUCGGUUUCGCCGUCGAGCUGGUCCGUGCGCAGGAAUGUGGAUCCGCUCUUCUCGGUGGUUCGGAGGAAGAUGAAGUCGGCGGGGACCCGCUGGUUGGCCCCGAUCUGAAUGACGUGCCCCACCUUGAUCUCAGACGCUGGGAUGGGCUUGAGGCCCUUCUCUGUCAGCCGCAGGUACUUGCUGCUGUUGGCCUCGCGGUCACGCAGGUACCUGCACACCACACACCCAUCAAUGGACUGACUUUGUGGCUGCAUCAAGACAUGUGGCUGGCUGACCUUUUGUAGUCAUCGUACGCUUCCUUGCCGAUGGUCACACACAAGACAAACACCAGGGGGGCCACGUAGGUGAAUAGGAAACCUGCAGCACACACACACACAGACACAGACACACACACACAGACACAGGCACAGACACAGCAGACAGGCCGUCUGGAUGGCCGUGUGUCGCGGGAGCCAUACGAUACGAUACGUACCAACUUUGAGCACGGGAAUGAACUGUGAGAGUGCCACCAUCAGGUAGAACAAGUUGAAGAAGAACCUGCAAACCAAUCCAGUGUGCACAACACAACAACCCGUCGGGGCGAGUGUGCUGGCUGGCCGGCCGGCGAAGGAAGGAUGAGGCGCCAUCAAGCAAGUGUCUGUCUGACCUGAAUUGCUCGUAUAGGACGACCGGCAGGAACGUGAUGGGGUUAUACUUCUGGUUGCGAACCACAUUCGGCACUGAAUACACAAGUCAGUCCAACACACACGCACAUAUAUGCAACGGCGCAUUGCGAGCCGGCCGGCGAUUGUUGCAUCGCAUCUGCUGACUGACCGAAUAGCUGCGGUUUGGUCCUCCCCGAGAUGUGCAUGAUGCGCUCCUCAUACCGCGCCCGGACCCCACAAAGGAACACUCCCAAGCCGAACCAACAGCGAGUCAAACAGUUCCCCUCCUGCGCGAGUUGAAUGAAGCCAUAGAUAGAUAGGCACAUGCAAACACGGACACAUCGAUCCCAUCCAUGGCGUGGCGUGCCUGUGUUGGUCCGUCCGUGUGUGCGUGUGUUGGUCCGUUCGUUCGUGCGUGUACCGCACCUCGCUGCAGAAGCCGCCCUCGUCGAGCAGCGGGACCCCUUCUGACUCAUCGGGCGGGUCGAUCUCGAGGCGGACGCUGCCCGCCCUCAUCCCUCCGUUGUUGGCCGCAGCUCCGUUACUCACACUCGCCGCAGAUGACUUGCUAUCUGUCAUCACCGAUCACACCAACCGGUCCUGGCUGACCGACCUCCUACCUAUGUGCUCAGCUGACGGCACACACGUUCGAUUCCAC